CCCCCGCCCUGCGCCGGUCCCCCGGGCUUCCUGUGCUCCCUCGGCGCUGCGUGGUCCUGCGCUCUGAGUUCCUUGCGGUGGGCGGCUUAGGCAGCGCGGUUCUUGGGAAGAUGGACGAGACCUGUGAAAUGAAAUACAGAGUGAUGGACAGCCCUCUGGGGAAGCUGGAGAUCUCUGGUUGUGAGCAGGGUCUGCAUGGGAUAAAGCUGCAUGGCGGGAAGACCCCAGACACUGGACCCGCGGAGGCCACCGCUCCUGCUGAGCAGCUCGGAGGUCCCGGGGCAGUGCAGCCCCUGCUGCAGUGCGCGGCCUGGCUGGACGCCUAUUUCCGCGAGCCCGCGGUCCUCGAGGGGCUCCCUGUGCCCGCGCUGCACCAUCCCAUCUUCCAGAAAGAGUCAUUCACCAGACAGGUGUUAUGGAAGCUGCUGAAGCUUGUGAAAUUCGGAGAAACGGUUUCUUACCAGCAAUUAGCAGCCCUGGCGGGCAACCCCAGAGCAGCGCGGGCCGUGGGAGGAGCCAUGAGGAGCAACCCUAUUCCCAUCCUCAUCCCGUGCCAUCGAGUGGUUUGCAGCAGCGGGGCCAUGGGCAACUACUCCGGAGGCGUGGGCGUGAAGGAGUGGCUGCUGGCCCACGAGGGCCAUCCUGCCAGGAAAGCGGCCCGUGGAGGGGGCUCCUGUGCCACCAGCUCCUGGCGCGGGGCCCUGGGCAACACCACCAGCUCCCAGCCCACUGGCCGAGACUGAGUGUGUAUGAGCAGCUUGCUGGGCAUGGGGUGUGUGCUGUGGGGGUGGGGGGGUGGGGAGUGCUGAGGGGGGAUGGGGGGUGCGGAAGGGGGGUUGUGUCUCAUUAAAGGAGCCAGAGUCUC